CCCUCCUCCUCCUGCCGCUCCUCCCGCCGCCCGGCCCGGCCCGGCUCCGCUCGCCAUGGGAGAUGUGGUCUCCACGCACCUGGACGAGGGUCGCCGCCAGCACAUCGCGGAGAAGACGGGGAAGGUGCUGGGCGAGUUCUGCCGGUGCUACAAGGAGCAGUUUGGAGUAGCUCUCUUCAACAGCGUCCGCUAUGAGAUCGAGGGCGCCGGGGGCCCGCAGGCCCAGCUGCUGCACCGCAAGGUCCCACUGGAGGACCACGUCAUCUACUCAGGCAACAUCUUCCAGUACAUCGAGGAGAACAAGAAGUGGAGGAACCGCUUCUGCGUGGUGCCACACAACUACGGGCUGGUCCUCUACGAGAACAAACUGGCCUACGAGCGGGAGCUGCCGCCCCGGGUGUUGGUGAACAGUGCUGGCUACAAGGUCCUCACCUCCGUGGAGCAGUACCUGGAGCUGGUCAACAACAGCCUGCCAGGUGUGACACCGAAAUCUGGGCACUCCCCCAUCCUGAAGUGCCCCACGGAUUUCCCGCUGAUCCUGUGGCACCCCUAUGCCCGGCACUAUUAUUUCUGUGUGAUGACGGGCAAGGAGCAGGAGAAGUGGCGGGCGGUGUUCCAGGACUGCGUGCGGCACUGCAACAACGGGAUCUCCGAGGACUCCAAAGUGGAGGCUCCAGCCUUCACGGACGCCAUCCGCAUGUACCGGCAGUCCAAGGAGCAGUACGGCACCUGGGACAUGCUCUGCGGGAACGAGACCCAGGUCCUGAGCAACCUGGUGAUGGAGGAGCUGCUCCCCGAGCUGAGGAGCACCAUCGGCCCCCGGCUGAAGGGCAAAGCCCCGGAGCGCCAGCGGACCUGGAUCCAGGUGUCGGAUGCUGUCUAUAGGAUGGUCUAUGAGCUGGCCAAGGCGCAGUACGACGCAGCGGUGGCCAGCUGUGAGCAGGAGCGGCCGCAGCUGGAGAGCAGCAUCCGCACGGACAUGGACCAGAUCAUCACCUCCAAGGAGCACCUGGCCAGCAAGAUCCGAGCCUUCGUCCUGCCCAAGGCAGAGGUCUGUGUCCGUAACCACGUCCAGCCCUACAUCUCCUCCAUCCUGGAGGCCCUGAUGACCCCCACGAGCCAGGGCUUCGCCGAGGCGCGGGAGGUGUUCUUCAAGGAGGUGACUGACAUGAACAUGAACGUCGUCAACGAGGGCGGCCUGGAGAAGCUGGUGGAGUACAUGGAGAAGCUGUCCCACCUGGCCUUCCACCCCGUGAAGAUGCAGUCGUGCUAUGAGAAGAUGGACCAGCUGAAACUGGAGGGUCUUCAGCAGCGAUUCGAUGUCUCCAGCACGUCCGUCUUCAAGCAGAGGGCCCAGAUCCACAUGAGACAGCAAAUGGACGAUGCCGUGUACACCUUCGAGACACUGCUGCACCAGGAGCUGGGGAAGCUGCAGGGCAAGGACGACCUCUGCAAGUCCAUCCAGCGCAUCCUCGAGAGGGUGCUCAAGAAAUUCGACUAUGACAGCAGCACCGUGAGGAAGAAGUUCUUCAGGGAGGCCCUGCUGCAGAUCACCAUCCCCUUCCUGCUGAAAAAGCUGGCACCCACCUGCAAGGGGGAAUUAGCCAAGUUUCAGGAGCUGAUCUUUGAGGACUUUGCCAGCUUCAUCCUGGUGGAGAACACCUACGAGGAGGUGGUGCUGCAGUCGGUGAUGAAAGACAUCAUGCAAGCUGUGAAGGAGGCGGCCGUGCAGCGGAAGCACAACCUGUACAGGGACAGCAUGGUGAUGCACAACAGCGAUCCCAACCUGCACCUGCUGGGAGAGGGCCCGGCCAUCGACUGGAGCGAGGAGUACAGCGGGCAGCCCGAGGCCGAGCCGGCGGCCGAGCGGCGCCGCAGGGCCAAGCAGGUGGUGUCGGUCAUCCAGGACGACGAGGGGGCCCUGCCCUACGGGGCCGAGGCGCUGCUGCAGCCCGGCUCCCCCGAGCCACGGGAGCCAGGGGAGGCACAUCCCGGGGUGCCCCCGAGCCCCCCGGAUGCGGUGAAGGAGAUCCGGGAGGCGCUGGCACAGGAGAGCCUCGGGGAUGGCGCCGGGGCGGAGGAGCGGCUGAUGAACGGCACCGACGCCAGCGGUGCCAGCGAGGAGGGCGUGCUGCUGGCAGGGGCUGCCCCAGGGGAUGUCACACAGCAAGGUCCAGCCCGUGGUGGAGACGGGGUGUGUUGUGCCACGGUGGCAUCACCAGCACCUGGAGCUGAGAAUCCAUCAGGAACUGGGAGAGAACGUGUCACACCAGCACCAUCACCUGUCCCUGGAGCCGAGGUCCCAUCAGGAGCUGGGACACGCCGGGCUGCACCAGCACCGCCUGUGCCUGGAGCUGAGGUGUCGUCAGGGGGGCAGUGUGCCACACCAGCAUCGUCACCUGUCCCUGGAGCUGAGGUCCCAUCAGGGACUGGGAGAGAACGUCCUGGACCAGCAUCACCUGUGCCCAGAGCUGAUGUCCCAUCAGAGGCCGAGGUGCCACAUGCCACACCAAGAUCAUCCGUGCCAGCUUCCCCCGUGUCUGGAGCUGAUGUCCCAUCAGGGGCUGAGGUGCCACACAUCACACCAAGAUCAUCCGUGCCAGCUUCCCCCGUGUCUGGAGCUGAUGUCCCAUCAGGGGCUGAGGUGCCACACAUCACACCAAGAUCAUCCGUGCCAGCGUCCCCCGUGCCAGCUGACCCCCCAUCAGUGUCCGGCAUGCCACACGCCACAGCAGCACCACCCAGCCCCCGAGCCGAUGUCCCAGCAGAGGCCAGCGUGCCCCAUGUCACAGCAGCACCACCUGGAGCCCAGAGCCCACCAGCAGCGUGUCACCAGCGCGGUGACAAGGAGACAGGUGACAAGGAGCGCAGCCCCCCGCAGCCCAGGGGCACCACAGAGAGCGGUGAGGGGGUGCAGACUGAGUUCUAGCCCCAGCCCCCCGCCAUGGACUGGCCCCGGUGACGCUGGGGCUGGGGGAGGGGGAUAGGACCCCUGGGAUGGAGAGCAGCACUGCGGGAGAGGGAGGGGAUGGGGACACCGAGACCUUACUGCCUAACGGGGGUCCCGCUGCCGUGGGGGCUGCCCACAGCCACAGCCCCCGCCGGGCCGGGCUGGGGUGGCCCCAGUCUGGCACGGGGCAUCCCCUGCGCUCUGCUCUGUCCUUCUUCUGCCUUAUUUUCUUUCCUGCUGAGGAGAUGCUUUACUGAAGAGCUUUAUGUGCCCCCCACACCAGUGCCUGGGGCUGCUGGGGGGGCUGGCACUAGCCCUGCUGAGGGUGGGUGUGCGGGACACUCCUGGCUGUCCCCGGGGUUGUCCCUGCCCCAGCCUGGGGCAUUUCCUGGGAGCCUGCCCACUGCCAUCCCAGCCGGGGGGGUUCCUGGGAGCCUGCCCACUGCCAUCCCAGCUGGCCAGCUCCAGGAGCACCAGUGGGAGCAGGGGCUGCAGGGGGUGAUGGCAAACAGGGACAGCAAUGCUGGGGGGCUUGAGCCACUGUCAAGGGGGAGAGCGCUGGGACAGGCGUGGGCUGCUGGUGCCCAGGCUGGACUCACAGCAUCCAUGCCAGGCUCACAGCAUCUAGGCUGAGCUCCGGGUACCCAGGCUGGGCUCACAGCACCCAGAGCCCACCCCCAGCCAUCCUCACCCCUAGGAGCUCCUAUUCUAGGAGCUAUUUUAAGUUCAGAGUUCAGUCUCUGGGGGAAGGUGGCACUCAUGCCAUGUCCCAGCUGUGCCUGGCAGGACUGGGAUAAUGCCAGGCUCAGCUUGCUGUGCAGUGGAGAGAUCCCAGCCCUUGCCCUCCAGAUCUCUUCAGCACCUUCCAUGGAUGGUUUCUCCAGCUUUGCAGAUUUUGGCAUCUGCUGUGAUGGCUGAGCAAAGAGCAGGGGUUUGCUGAGCCCCCCUGUGUGUCAUGGGGACAGGACUGCUGUGCUGCAGCCCCCACAGAGUGAUGCCAGAAGCCCUGGAGGUGCUGGGGGUCUGCAGGACUCCUGGGUGUGACACCUGGAGCAGGGACCAGCACCCCGACACCCACCUGUGCUUAGGUACCACCGUUCCUGCCUCAGAAGGGGGGUGCCCAGCCUAACCCACUCAGGGGGCCCCCAAAGUGCCUUGGGAGGCCCCCCUCAAAGUGCCUUUCUCUGUGAACUUCAAACCUGUCUCUUCCAGGAUAUUUUAUUAAGAAAGUUAUACAAAUGUUUAAAGAUAUGCUUAUAAUAAUUAAUAAAAUGGAAAAGCUUUAUUUAAA